AUGUCAAAUACGUCUAAUCUACAACGGUUGAAUAACAAGACUAUUAGGCUUACUGUCGUCGCAGCCGAUGGCGUUGUCAAGAGAGACGUCUUCAAGCUCCCUGAUCCAUUCGCAGUGAUCACCGUCGAUGGCUCACAAACACAUACAACUUCAGUUAUCAAGAAAACUCUCAACCCGUACUGGAAUGAGAGUUUCGAUAUUCAAGUCAAAGACUCCUCAGUUAUCGCUGUACAGGUAUUCGACCAAAGAAAGUUUAAACGUCGCGACCAAGGCUUUCUAGGCGUUAUUAAUUUAAAAGUUACGGAUGUUUUGGACCUUGAUAUCGGUGGAACUGAAAUGAGAACUUUUGAAUUGAAAAAGUCAAAUGAUAACCUAAUCGUUCAUGGAAAGCUUAUUCUUUACUUGAGCUCAAACGUUUCAAACCCUAUACCCCCUGCAAAUAUCAAUAGCACUAACAACUCUACCAACAAUACAAAUACUUCAGGUACUUCUACUCCUCCAACUUCUACUAACCCCCCUCCUAUCAAUUCCUCCAACUCUGCUACUUCUCUUGCAGGUCCUUCAAACAAUCUCGAUUCUUCUCUUCCAACUCACUCUCAAGCUACUUCUCCCGUUGAUCCUUCAAGGCAAUUACCUCCAAACAUUUCCUCAAACGUUGGUAGACAAUUCGAUCCGCAUGAGGAUCAAUAUGGCUCUUUACCCUCCGGUUGGGAACGUAGAACUGAUCACUUAGGUAGAACUUAUUACGUCGAUCAUAAUACUAGAACCACCACUUGGAAUAGGCCUAAUAAUCUCUCUACGUCUGUAAAUAAUCAAUCUGCUGAGCGCAGAGCUAUGGAUUCAAGGGCUCUACCUGACGACGUUUUAAAUGCUACCAGUAGACCUGCUCCUUCAAAUUCUAAUCUAGCUGCUAUGCUUAACAAUGGCCCUUCAAAUACUCAAUCUGGCCAAGGUCCUCUACCUGCUGGUUGGGAGCAACGUUUCACAGCUGAAGGUAGACCUUACUUCGUUGAUCAUAACACAAGAACUACUACUUGGGUUGAUCCAAGACGCCAACAAUUACUAAGAGUUCUAGGUCCAAAUGGUAAUAAUCUCUCUGUACAACAGCAUACUGUUUCUCAACUUGGCCCUCUACCAUCUGGUUGGGAAAUGAGGUUAACUUCAACUGCUAGAGUUUAUUUCGUUGAUCACAAUACUAAAACUACUACCUGGGAUGACCCAAGGUUGCCUUCUUCCCUCGAUCAAAACGUUCCUCAAUACAAACGUGAUUUCAGAAGAAAAUUAAUUUACUUUAGAUCGCAACCUGCACUUAGGCCAAUUCCAAAUCAAUGUCACAUCAAGGUUAGACGUAAUCACAUCUUUGAAGAUAGUUAUGCUGAAAUAAUGCGUCAAACUCCAAAUGAUUUGAAGAAGAGACUUAUGAUAAAGUUUGAAGGCGAAGAUGGUUUAGAUUAUGGUGGUGUUUCGAGAGAAUUCUUCUUCUUACUUUCACAUGAGCUCUUCUCUCCAUUAUAUUGCUUAUUUGAGUACAGUGCUCAUGACAAUUAUACUCUACAGAUUAAUCCAAACUCUUCAAUUAAUCCUGAGCAUCUCAAUUACUUUAAAUUCAUUGGUCGUUGUGUUGGUUUAGCUAUCUUCCAUAGAAGGUUUUUAGAUGCUUACUUUAUCACAUCAUUAUAUAAGAUGAUUUUGAACAAACGUAUCGGAUUACAGGAUUUGGAAUCCGUUGAUGCCGAAUUACACAGAUCAAUGUCAUGGAUACUCGAUAAUGAUAUCACUGACAUUUUAGAUAACAACUUUGUCGCAGACGUCGAAACUUUUGGUGAAAUUCAAUCUGUUCCUCUUAAAGAAGGUGGUGAAGAUGUUGAAUUAAACGAAUCAAAUAAGAAAGAAUAUGUUGAUCUCAUGGUUCAAUUCAGAAUCGUUACAAGGGUUAAAGAUCAAUUCGAAGCUUUUAUGUCUGGAUUCAAAGAGUUAAUACCACAAGAUUUAAUCAAUGUUUUCGAUGAGAGAGAAUUAGAAUUACUGAUUGGUGGUAUGGCGGAAAUUGAUAUAGAAGAUUGGAAGAAGCAUACUGACUACCGUGGUUAUACCGAGUCAGAUCAGGUUGUUCAGUGGUUUUGGAAUGUCGUGAAAAAUUGGCCAACUGAAAAGAAAUCUAGAUUGUUACAAUUCACUACUGGUACUUCAAGAAUACCUGUCAAUGGUUUCAAAGAUUUACAAGGAUCCGAUGGUCCUCGUAGAUUUACUAUUGAAAAGGCUGGUGAAAUUAAUCAUUUACCAAAAUCACAUACCUGUUUCAAUAGAAUUGACUUGCCUCCUUAUCGGAAUUUUGAAGCAUUAGAUCAAAAGCUAAGUACGGCUGUUGAAGAAACUCUUGGAUUUGCAGUCGAAUAG